ACACUAGCGCACGCGCAAAAAUCAAUAUCGCCAUGUUGACGAGCCGGUGCAUACGUUCGAUUUCCAAGCUCUCUUCCUCAGCGCGCCUUGUGCGCCAUGCCUCAAGACUUCAGCAAGGAAGCUGUAAAGAAGGGAUUAAUGUACAGAUUGGAUUAUUAGGUAGAUCGUCCCCGGGUGGUCAGUGCUUAGCUGCACAAGGCAAGUUUGGCAAGCGCUUCACCAGGAGUAUUUAUGCGACAACAGUAGCAGCUGAUUUUGCCAGGAUACCAGAGAUGAUGGCUAACAGUCUAAUUGAAGCUGCUGGAGUUGAUGCUGGCGUAGCUGAUGAUGAUGACGAAAUGACGAGUUCGGUAAAGAAGGGGAAACAUAGAAGGAUCAAUUGUGGCUGGUGUAGCUGAUGACGAUGAUGAAAUGACAAGUUCAGUAGAGAAGGCGCAACACAUAGAUUAAUCAUGGUUAUUAACAAAGGAUAAAGUGACAGUGAAAUGUGAUGGGAAGCUUUGUCAAGCACUGUUUUAAAGUUUAGGUUCAUAAGGAAGACCCUGCACAAUUCUUUUGCCUAUCCUGAGAGCCUCAGCUUUCUUUUUAAUCUCAUUUUAUCAAACACUUUUUUUAGCCUUUGGCGAAAGUAUGAGAAAGGAGUUUCUAAAUUUCCAAUGUAUGUUUAGACAGUUUAAGCUUGCUGAUAUAAAAAAAGCUGUUGUGUGUGUAGUCAUAUUUUCAAAACUCUGCUCUGAUAAGCACUGAUAAGACUUAUAAUUUUGCUAAUUUAAUGGAAUUUACAUGAAACCAGAACUAGCUCAAGAGAUUGAACUCCACAGGCUUCAGAUGUUCUUUCCUGAAGAGCAAUAAGCUUCUUCAUAACAUUCAUACAGUUAUUUUUGUUUUGUCUUUUUUAUAUCUUGUCAUUUCAGCAGUUGUUGACAGAUGAAAUCUUGAAUCACCUGAUUAGGAGAGAAUGUGUAGUCUUGCAUUGAGACUUGUGCUGGUAAAUUUCUGUUACAUACAGGUGUGCUGUGUUGUGUUUUUAUACCCUCAAGCCUUUUUGUUGAAAGCUUUUUUUUCCCUUUUCUUCCUAUGCCAGUCUACUGGAAUGUUGAUGAUCAGUAAUACUAGAGUAACUGGCAUGAGUGCUUUUCAUUUCAGGGAAACUGAACUUCUGGUACCUCAAUAGUGUAUAAUAACAAAAAGUUACAUGUUUUAAAUUUUUCUCACAAGAAAGUUUUGGUUGUUUGAAGGGCACUAAUAGACUGAAAACUGUAUCUACCUAAUGAAAUUUUGUCUGGGUUGUUUUAUUAAUACAAAACAAAGAAAAACUUGUAGUUGUGUGGUUUAUAGGGAAUUUAUGAAUGAGCAUGGAGUCUCACCAACACAUGACAUGGGAUAAUGUGUCCAUGUAAAUCGCUGGUUUUGUAUAACCCUCGUUAAACUGAAAAUAAAUACAACACUUUCUUUGUGA